AUGGCCCGCGCGUCCUCCGCCGCCGCCGCUGUAGCCUUCCUAUGGGCGCUCGCCCUCCUCGCAGCGGCGGCCUCGGGCGCGCGCCUCCCCGGCCGCGCCGUCGAGGGCGCGCAGCAGCGGGUAGGCGGGGGCCCAACGGCCACCGCCGUGUUCGCGCUGGGAAGCUUCUGGCGGUCGGAGGCGGCGUUCGGCUGCCUCCCCGGCGUGCUCCGCACCUCCGUCGGCUACGCCGGCGGCUCCAAGGCCAACCCCGAGUACCGCAACCUCGCCGACCACGCCGAGUGCGUCAAGGUUGAAUAUAAUCCCCGGUUGAUUCAGUACAAGCAGCUUCUCGAUGUGUUCUGGGCAAGUCACGAUCCACGCGAGGUCUUCGGACAAGGACCUGAUGUUGGCAACCAGUAUAGAUCCGUCAUUUUCACAAAUGGAACCCUCGAGGCUAGAUUGGCUGGUCUUAGCAAAGAAAGAGAACAAGGCAAGGACCGCAGCAGUGUUAUCACCACAGAGAUCCAUCCAGUGGGGGCAUUUUAUCCAGCUGAACCAGAACAUCAGAAAUUUGAGCUGAAGCGCAAGCCUUUCCUCGUGCAAUUGAUCGGUAACCUGCCAGAGGAGGAACUCCAGUCAUCAACACUAGCUGCGAAGCUGAAUGCAUAUGCUGCAGAUCUCUGCCCUCCAAAGACCCAGAAGAGGAUAAGCUCCAAGAUUGACGAGAUUGCUAAGAAAGGCUGGCCCAUCCUAAGAGACAUUUAAGCUCAUUGUGGUCCCAGUUCGUCUCGUCAGCUACUCCAAUCCAACAACACAUGAUUUUUGCUGGAAUAUUUCGUAGGAGAGUCUCAAGCAGCUCACUGACGGACAGUAGCCGGGUCGCAGUGGUUUAUCGUUGACUUGGUCAUGGAGAUUACAGUGUUUAUAGAUAGCAUCAUCUGUUGAUUGCCAGCUUUUUUUUUCCUGUUUAACAUACAUGUGUCUCUUGUUCAGAGCUUACUGAACACGUGAAGUUGUAAUGUGUAACUUUGGUUGUUUUCACCAGUGAAAAUAUACAGAUGUGUGUUGAGCUGACCCCAGGCUCGUUCCUGUGGGAAUUAAAUUGUUUAUCAUGAA